GAUUCGGUAUAAAAACGUCAAGCAGCUGUUCGGAAAGCCAUCAGUUAUCACUUACUUGCUCAAAUAGCACAAACCGCAAACAAUAUCCAAAUUAAACAUGUUCACCAAGCUGUUCCUCGUAGCCACCGUGGCCAUCGCUUGCGUCAGCGCCAGUGCCAAACCAUCCGGCCUGAUUGCCCCUCUGGCCUACUCCGCCCCACUGGUGGCAGCUCCGGCAUACGCUCCUGCCGUUGCCUACACCACCGGAUAUGCCAACGUUGGAGACUCUGCCGUAGUGAGUUCGUACAAUUCCCAGUUUAUCAACCCAGCAUUUGCCGCCUACAGUGCCUAUACCGCAGCUCCAGCUUAUGCCGCCCCAGCAGUGGCUUACACUGCCGCUGCAGCUCCGCUUGCCGCACCCCUAGCGUACGCAGCGGGUGUACCCUUCGCGGGAAAGGUGUUGCUGUAAAUGGAUGACGUGCUGUGCGCAGUAAGCGCAGGAUAAGUGAGUUGAUCUCACCUGCUACCAGGAGCCUACCU